UUCCUCACCAUUGCAUACGACGCAAACAUGAGGGCAUUUAUAUUUCUUGUGUGCGUAUGCGCGGUAGCUCUGGCCGCACCAGCGGAAAAGUCUGCGGAGAAGAAGGAAGACACUAAAGCAGUUGCGGAGAAGAAGACCGACAAACGUGGUAUCCAUGAGGGCAUUGGUGAUUUCGGUGGACAUGACUUUGGCGGUGGUGGCGGCGGUGACGACCAUGGGCAUCACCACGAACAUGUCAAAACUGUCGUGGUAGAGAAGAAGAUUCCAGUCCCAUACACAGUAGAGAAACAUGUGCCUUACACAGUAGAAAAGAAAGUACCUUAUGAGGUUAAAGUACCAGUCCCACAACCGUACACCGUGGAAAAGAAGGUACCCUACCCUGUGAAGGAGUACAUCAAAGUACCAUACUACGUCCCACAACCCUAUGAGGUCAUCAAAAAGAUUCCCUAUGAAGUUAAGGUACCAGUCCCACGUCCAUACGAAGUCAAAGUCCAUGUCCCACAACCUUACACCGUAGAAAAGAAGGUACCAUAUGAGGUGAAGGUACAUGUCCCACAACCAUACACAGUUGAAAAACGCGUGCCUUACCCAGUCAAAGUUGAGAUCCCAGUGCCCCAACCCUACACCGUAGAAAAGAAGGUACCCUAUGAGGUGAAGGUCCCAGUUGACAGGCCGUACACAGUCCACGUGCCAAAACCAUACACCGUCACCGUUGAAAAACACAUUCCGGUACCAGUCGAGAAACCUGUACCCUACGAAGUCAAGAUCCCCGUAGAUAAGCCUUACCCAGUUGAGGUACCCAAGCCGGUGCCGUACCACGUGAAGGUGCCAGUGCCGCAGCCGUUCACCGUCAUCAAGAAGGUGCCAGUCGAAGUGGAGAAGCCAGUGCCGUACGAGGUGAAGGUUCCAGUCGACAAGCCCUACCCGGUGUACAAGGAAGUACCAUAUCCAGUCGAGAAAGAAGUACCCUACCCUGUAAAGGUACCCGUGCACAUUCCCAUCAAGGUUCCGCAUCACGAGGAACACCAUGAACAUCAUCACUACUGAGCGUAAAGCACAGAGAAAAACCAAACGGAAGAAAAUCGAUCGAAAUCACCAAAACACGAAUCGACCUUGAGGGACGACUUGUAGUAAGAAUUUGUUAUUAUUAAUUAAUAUUAUUUGUUAUAACUGUAACAUUUAUCUACAUUCAUCACACAAAUCUCAUCUUUUCACAUCGAUUUGCUCAAAUAUCUUUAUUUUUUUAUGUAGAAAAAUUGUGAAAUUUUAAUUUAUCUUUAUUUAAUUUGACGCAAAAUUUUUAUAGAGAGACGUGCAAGUUACUGCUUCUGUGUUAAUUAAUGUUAAAUAAUAAACGUAUUUAAAUAUUAA